GAGAGAGAGAGAGAGAGAGAGAGAGAGAGAGAGAGAGAGAGAGAGAGAGAGAGAGAGAGAUGGCAGACAGUGACAUGGCCGAGACGAACCUGGAAAAUGCGGUGAAAUUACAGGCACGACAGUAUCAGCUGGAGAUUUUGGAACGGGCCAAAACGCAAAACACUAUUGCCUACUUGGAAACAGGCGUUGGCAAGACCUUGAUAUCAGUGUUACUCAUCAAGGCAAAGUCUGCAGAGUUGAGAAAGGAGUUGCCCAAUCGGAAAUGUACCAUGUUCCUGGUGCCAAGUGUAAACCUUGUAUAUCAGCAAUCACACGUUCUAAGGACACAUACCAACUUGGAGGUGGGCCACUACUGUGGCGAUAUGGAUGUUGAUAACUGGGUCAUAGAAAAGUGGAAAGUGGAACUUGAACGGAAUCAGGUGUUCGUUAUGACAGCUCAGAUUUUUCUGGAUAAUCUGCGUCAUUCCUUUAUGCAAAUGGAAAGAGUGAACCUUAUUGUUUUCGACGAAUGCCAUCGCGCACAUGGCAGACAUGCGUACAGCCAGAUUAUGGAGGGUUUCUAUCACACCCUCGAGCGUGAUAAGCGACCACUCAUUUUUGGGAUGACAGCUUCACCGUUAUCCUCAGCAGGAGCUCUGCUUAGUGCUGGCAGGCUGGGGCGAAUAUGGGCGCUGAGAGUUGAGAGGGAGCUGCUGAGGCGAUGGGCGCACGGCGGCCAUAGACGGGCUGCUGGGGCGCAGCCAGGUGAUGGCGAUGGUGGUCUUCGGGUAGAAGGCGUAUGAAGUGGGGAGUCGAGGGGUGGUGAGGGGAGGAGACAGAACGUACCUGGUGUACACUGGCAGUCUGCAUUGGUGAUGACGUC